GCCGUCGCGCGCCAGUGAGUAGCUUUGAUAAUCCAGCAUCAAUGCAGCCAAGCAGGAGGCGCAAAAUAGAAUGGGACAGCUCCUCUGUUAGCUCACCCACCAAGUAUUUGAAGCUCACCAAAGAAGGACCACCUCAUCCUUCCUCUAACAGCAGCUUGGCCAGCAGCAAGACAGCUGUGUUCAGAAAGACUCAGAUCUUGUAUUCUCCAGAACCUUCUUAUAAAGAGUUCUCAAGAACUUCAUUCGCUGUGGGAGAUUCUUCCUCUGAUGACUUUGAGACAGAUGACAAAAUUGACAAUGUGACUAAGGAGAGCCUGAGUUGUUCCUUUUCCAGAGAAGUGCAUCUUGUAAAACAUCCUGCUUGUGAAAUGUCCAAGAAAACUAAUUCCUGUCAGGAAUCUUUGAAACAUGAGGUUAAACAAGAUGCUUGCAGUGAUGAAGGCCGAAACAAUGCUCACAACACUGCAAGCAAAGAUGCAUCAAAGGAUGCAAGGACUGAAUAUGGCCGGAAGAGAAUGGAGAACCGGGGAGCUGCACUAAUAUACCAAAGAGCUCUGCUAGGUGCGUUAGGGAAAGCACUAACAACCAAACGAGAUGUAGCUUCUCCAAAUGGAAUUCAAGUGAACAGUCUUCGUCACAGAAAAGAAGCUUUUGGACCAGGGGACAACUUGAGAUGUCACUCUGCACAUGGAGAAGAUCCCAGUUGUAGGAAAACGACACAAAAAGAACAAAAAGAUCCCAGUUGUAAGAAACCUACACAAAAGGAACAAAUUAAUAUCUGUAUCCAGCAGGAUAAAAAGGACUCUGAGUCAGAUGGUAGCUCAAGGCAUGUGUCUGUAGUUUCAAGAUCAGAAAAAGAAACAGAAUUUAAACUGGAACCCAGUUUUCAGAAAGCUAGUGUAAGAGAAGAAAAGGAUAGUUCUAACCGCAGUGGAAAAGAGGAUGCCAGACCAGGAUUCAGCUCAAGGCAUGCCCCAAGAACGUUGAGACUUGAAGAGGAACCAGAACUUACACAAGAACUGAAAAGCCAGAACAUUGCAGCAAAAGAGGACAUCAGUACCUCUGUUGGACAAAAUAGAAAAAAACUUCGUAGAUUCAGCAGCAGUUCUAAAGAUGUGGCUCACUUUUCAAGACUUGAAGGAGAGCAAAAACAUAAGCAAGCAUCAAACAAACAAAGUAAAAUUGAUGGAGAAACUGAUUGCACCAGGCUGAGUAAAAAAGAAUCUUGUAGACCUGAAAACAACUCAAGACGUGUCUCUGAAGGUUCAAGACAUGGAGGCAAAGAAAUGUUCAAGCCUGAGAGCAGUAGUCAGAAAGCUACUGCUGAAGAAUCUAAUGUUUGCACAAAGCAGAAAAAUGUGACAACAGAACAGUGUACUUCCCCCAGUUCCAUUGACACACACAGUAAAACUAAAAGCCAGUUUGAGAAUUUCCAGAGGACAGUUCUUGUUGAACCUUCUUCAAAACUUGCGUUUGUGGAUGAACGUGAUUCUGAAGUAAACCUAAAGUGUACAAAGCAAGGAAAAGAGUCUUUAGAUGGAAGUGACUGGUCUGAUAUGGAGGAUGCAGAACCGACGGUCACCUUCUCACAAGUGGACUCAAUCCAAAACCACAGUCCUUCUGAAGCAAAGGACACUUCAUCUCUGGCAACAGAGGUAGUCAUGUAUCCUCCUCACCUGUACAGUCACAAGAUGAGUGACUAUGCCAAAUAUUGGACAAAGACCCCUGAGCCAGCACCUUGCAGACCUUUUUCAAGCCCCUGUGAGGAUACUUCAUUUGGUAGUUCAUAUUCCAGUCAGAUCUGUGACAUUUCUUUAGAUACCUCGACUCCUAUUUCAUCAAAGACCUCAAAGGAUAAAGAAUCUUCGUUGGAAGAUGUGUGUGGUAAGCCACGUUCGCUCAGCUCUUCACUGGUCUGUGAGAAGAAACAUAGACGGCGAAGUGUGGAAAUGGAAUCGUACGUUCCUAUUUUCUCCACACCCAGUAAAUCAGACUCAUUUGCUACUAACCGUGAAAGGCAGGAUUUGCCUGAUCACCUGCCCAGAUAUUUAGAAGAAGGAUUUAUUGACACCCACUGCCACCUGGACAUGUUGUAUUCAAAAAUGGCUUUUAGGGGCACCUUUUCUAAAUUUAGAAAGACUUACGAUAGCACCUUUCCUGAAGAAUUUGAAGGCUGCAUAGCUGACUUUUGUGAUCCUCGUACCUUGAAUAACUUCUUAUGGGAAGAUUUAUUAAAGGAAGACAUGGUUUGGGGGGCAUUUGGCUGUCAUCCACACUUUGCACGCUAUUACUCAGAUCUUCAUGAAAGAAAUCUCUUGCAGGCAAUGAGGCACCCCAAAGCUAUUGCCUUUGGAGAAAUUGGACUGGAUUACUCUUACAAAUGUAGUACUGAAGUCCCAACACAACAUAAGGUAUUUGAAAGGCAGCUGGAUUUAGCUGUAUCCUUAAGGAAGCCAUUGGUAAUUCAUUGCAGAGAUGCUGAUGAUGAUCUGCUGCACAUCAUGAAGAAAUGUGUACCGAAAGACUACAAAAUACACAGGCAUUGCUUUACUGGUAGAUACAAUGUUAUAGAACCAUUGCUGGACUAUUUCCCAAACCUGACCGUUGGAUUCACUGCAUUGCUGACCUAUCCAUCGGCAAAUGAGGCUAGAGAAACUGUUAAAAAAAUACCUAUAAGCAGAAUAGUAGUAGAAACAGAUGCGCCUUAUUUCCUUCCCAGGCAGGUUCCGAAAAGCGUGUGUCAGUAUUCACACCCAGGAGUUGCUCUGCACACAGUGAGAGAACUUGCCCGCCUCAAGGAAGUGCCAUUAUCCAUUAUGUUGGCUAUUCUAAAACGAAACACACAAAAAAUAUACGACUUAUAG